GGGGAGGGGUGGGGGAAUGUUGUAUUGCCUCAGGAUUUCCACAUCAGAGUGUGUCACUCAAGCCUACAGGCACACUGCUACACAAACUGGAUAGCCUUUCAUCAAGGGCAGAUACCCCUCUAAAGCAGUUCAGCCUUUCCCUUUGUGUUUUGUAAGCUAAUUUUUUUGUACUGACAAAGUUCAUACUUUGAAGAUACUGUGAAUUUUUUAAUUUGACAUCUUUAAACUAGUAUUUAAUAUCAGAAGACUUGAAAAAAUACUUAGAAGUCUAAAGUGAUAUCAAACCUUGGAAUCUGAAGACUUCAGUGAGGGCUGAAAAUCAAUGUAGCUCAAGGACUGGUGCACAGUGAAUGUAAUGUCUCUGAUGUUCAAAAACCUGCUCACUGUAAGACGUGUGCUCCUUAGUGUGUGUGUAGUUGGAAUCCUUGGGAGCAUGUCCCUAGGAGUGGUGUAGACUGUGAACACAAGAUUUGAGUACCUCAUAUCAAAAUAAGAAAAAGGAAACUAAUUAAUUCAUUUAAAACAUCAGGCAUGAGAUUUGAAGUCAUGCAUGCAAGACAGGCAAGGACAGAAUAACUGCCAUGGAACAUUGGUUUUAUGUGUUGAGAGGACAGGGAGAUGGGCCCAUGGGCACUGUGAUUAACUUCAAAGACACAGCGGUAGGAGUUUAGUUUUCUGUCCCUGAACGUUUAUUUAUUGGAAAGGAUGGGUUUUCAAGGUCAGUAGAUGUAACACUCAGAUAUCUGAGUCCUGAAGCUUUUAAAAUAUGCCUGAGAUUUUUCAGUGUUAAACCUUUAGUGCUAAAGGGAUUGACUGAGAAGUUAAAGAAAUCCAAGGUUACUUCAUCCACUUCUGGUAACCUCAUCUUGGACAAAAAAACCACCUUUUCAGAAGGCAGAGAUACCUUUUCUGAAUAAAGAUGAUAACUUACCCAAGCCUGUUACGAUUAAAACUUCCAACUGCAUGUUUAUAGAGAGGAGGAAGGGAGGAAUGUCAUGUCUGACUAUCAAAAAGGAAGCAGCAAUGUUAGCUGAGGUCUGCAAGUGUGCUUCAGGAUCUGGCUUAGGGUUUGUGCCCUGCCUUGUCAGGUGGUGGGAAAGGGCCCUUUGGCUGGCUAAACUGCAGUGCCUCAGAGGAUGGCUGAUUCUCUCCAUCAAUUUUUGCUGUCUUGCACCCAGGGUAAUUUGUUUUAUGCAGUCACUGUUACCCAUUAUUAAGCUGUAAGCUCUCCCCUUUAAAAACAAAAUGAAAAAAUAAAAACCCAGGUUGUGUUGAUGAUGCUCAAAAAACUCAACCAAGUCCUUUGUCAGAAGACUGUCUAGUCUGGCAGUGGCGCACCAGAAUGAAUUGCUGGAAGCUGAAGAUGAGUGGGAGUUGGUGCAAAUAAAUAUAAUUGCUUCAACAUACAACUAAAGAAAAAAUUAAUUCUUCUCUAAAAUUGAAAGCCUUUUUGACGGUGUUACUAGACAACACAGAUCAUUGCAGAGAAGGAGUGACUGGAUAUGUAGAUAAUGAUUCAUGGUGUUCAGGCAUACAAUACCUAGUUACUCCUUCUAGCAUUCAGAGACUCAUGGGUUAAUGAAAUUAUUCCAUCUUUGCAGUUUGGUCAGUAUAGCAGACAAGGAAAAUGGUGUGGGCUUAGUAUUUUUUCUGCACCAUUCUUCCUCAGUGUCAAGAGACUGAGAAGAGGAGACAGGACCAUCAUUCCUUAGGAUCCCACAGGUCUAAGGAAUCUGAAGGCAGUGGAUAUGUGAGGGCCUGUCAGCGAGCUUCAGUGUCCAUUCCAAGAAUGCUCCAGUAGUGAAGAGAAGAAAGGAAAAAAGAAAAGGGGAAAAACAACCCCACCAAAACACCAAAAACUGUCCUGGUUUUGGCCCUUGCUGCCUUCAACACUAGCUGAAUGAUCAGCAGUGGAACUGCCCUGGUGCCAAGAUUGUGGCAUGGUCCUCUUACACUGGUGCAAAAUCAGUCUGUUCUCAGCCUGCUUCUGGUGAAACUUGGAAUCUGUAUCCUCAUCUCCAUCUUGGGAAGUCUUCAGUCACUCCUUUCUCUGUUGGAACACAACCUUUUGGAACUGAAGAUGAGAUCUCAAGGAUUUCUAGGAUUGUUCUCGCUGCUCUGCAGGUUAUCAGGUAUCUCGAACACCCAUGAUCCUUACUAAUCUGUUCUGAAAAUUGCACUGUCAAAUCCUUCAAAUAUCCCAUAGUAUCUGUGAGCAGAUGCCAUUGCUUAAAUCAGGCUGAGAAAGACAAAAUCAGCAGAAGACAAGGUGAAAAUGCAUCAGCUUUUUCAGAGGGUAUUUUCAUGACGAAAAUUUGAAUCUUAAAGGUGUGGAAAGAUGUGAAACACCAGCUGCACUCCAGCACUUGCUACAGGCGGCCUUCCCAUUCUGAACUUUGACCCCAGGUUUUUGUGGGCCUGUUCCCAAGCCUUAAAUACUUUCAAGAAAUAAAGCCACCAGGACUGCUCAGACCUGAAUGCCUACACCAUGGCCUCCUCCAGCCCUUUCCUGAUACAACAGGCACCUUCCAGCAUUCCUCUGUUCAGAACCUGGGGCUUUCUGCUUUUGCCAGAAGGACUUCAGCAAGCUUCUCUCUUCUGAUGCUGACUGGCUUAUCUGCAAUCUCCUCUUUCUGGGGAAUGCUCACAGAUUGUCAGGGUCCAGGCAUAGCCAGUUACCAGCUCCUAAUGGGGACUUGGCAGUCACAUUUUCAUGAGCAUCCCAAGAUCCAAGAUAAGCUGUGUUGAAGAAAAGACUCAGGUAUCUUGGAACUGCAAGCAGUGAAUUGAGUGCUGUGCCCAGCAAAAAGCAUUUUGGUUUCCAGUUGGCAGUUCCUUGGACACAGCCUCUCAGAAGGUGUCAGACAGCAAGUCCUGUUUCCAAAUAUUGAUGACUAUUUCACUAAUCCCUGUCUUAUGGCUGCUUCUGCAGCAGUGAGACAGGAUGGAUGUUUGAAAUCACUCCUGAAUGCUAAAAUCUAAAACUGGUCAUUCAUGGCUGGUGUCGUAGCCAUCGGUCCUGUGGCUUGUGAGUUGUAAGAGCAGCUCUGCUGGCUUGUUUUAGCCCUUGCUUCAAGAUGAUUUAAAUUUUGGAGAUGCACUUUCCACUACUAUAAUGGAAAUAAAUCACCAAAAUACAGGAACCAAAAUUCAUUAGAUUUAAUUUCAUUGAUGGAUUCUGCUAAACCAAAGCUGCCCUACAUAGAAGAGUUUGGGACGGAUAUUUUCAGUUGUGCUUUGUGUUAUCAAAGGCUUUAGUUGUGAGCUGAAGUUUCUUGCUGGUUUUGGCAAUGAUUAUUAUUUAGCUGUAAGUAAAUUGAAACAGAAUCAUACUGCUUUUAGUAUAGGUAAGGCAUUUAGCAGAGUGAUUUUUGAUUGAGGCUAAAGUGUGUGUUUCAAGAUGUGAUUCUUUUCUUCCAGGUAUGUGUUAUGAUUUACUCAUCUUUCAAGCUGAUGUUAAAUAGAAGUUUUCUGGCAUCUGCUUUUCUUCCUUGUCCAGAAGGGACAUUUCAGUGAGAGUAGAAGUGCUUCUUGGUCUUGCUCCCUUAAUUCAAACAUGUAACUUUAUAGAAUAUAUAAAACAUUGAAGAUCCUUUAGGUAUUGCUUUGAUGAAAAAUGAAGAGCAAGACAUCAAUUUCAGUCUUACUCAACCAUUGUGUAUUUUUAUUUGUUAUGACAAUCUCAUUUUCCUUUUUCCUUUUUUUUUUUCUUUUUUUGUGAUUCCACCUUCUUUUUAGAUGGGAGGAAGAGGUUGAACUGCUUGGUUUUUUGGCAUGCAAUUACCAUUACAGCAUGCAAACUAAAUAUUAUGGCAUAACACAUUGUCAGUUCACCUUCUGAUUAUUAUGGAUUAGUAGAAUUUGUGUGUAGGAACAGAUCCUGUUACCUUGCAACUUCCACAUUCUUCUUAGAUUAUGGCACUUCCUGGCUGUGUAGCAUAAAAACAAAUCUGAAUUUUAUUCCUUGGCAAUUAUCAGAAGUUGAGUUAAAUCACAUUUUAAUAUGCUUUUUAAAAACUAAAUUUAAAAGCCACUGUAGUAUUUCUCAAACUUUCUAGAAAUAUUAUUAAAAUAAAAGUUUAACAGUAUUCCCUUUGACAUAAAAUUCAACACUACGCUUUCUGCAGGUAGCACUGAUUUCAAGUGAUAGUGUCAAAGUAAGAAUUCAAUGAAGGCUGCAUUCAAUCUGCGGUUAAACCCCUUGUGCCCAGCUAUUCCAUUAAAUGCAUGUUACACAAGCAAGGAUUUGGCACAGACAUCCUAUUUCAUGGCUACCAACAGCCUUCACCUUACCACAUUCUGUCUUCAGUACAAGCCCACAGUGAUAGCUUGUGUGUGCAUUCACUUGGCCUGCAAGUGGUCCAACUGGGAGAUUCCAGUAUCAACUGAUGGGAAACACUGGUGGGAAUAUGUAGAUCCUUCAGUUACUCUAGAACUACUAGAUGAGUUAACUCAUGAGUUUCUGCAAAUACUGGAGAAAACACCUAGCAGGCUCAAGAGAAUUAGAAAUUGGCGGGCUAAUCAGGCAGCUAGGAAACCUAAAGGUGAUGGACAGGUAUCUGAGAACUCGCUUCUUGGUUCAUCUUUGGUCCAGAAUUCCAUUUUGGUGGAUACAGUUACUGGUGUAGCUGCAAACACAAGUUUGCAAAAACCAUCAACAUCGUUUCCUGCACCAGUACCUCUGACCUCAGGAAGUAUUUCUGUUCCAGACAGUCAUGCACCUGAAAAUUUGGCAAUAUUAGCUACAGGAAUGCCAGGUACCUCAUACAGUUUGGCAUCACACCAGGAAUGGCCUCAGCACCAAGAACAAGCAAGGACAGAACAAAUAUACUCUCAGAAGCAGGAGACACUGCCUGCUAGUCAGUACAGCAUGAACUUCCAAGCAGGGACGUCCGUGCAGUUGCACUCCGGAGUACACCACAGACCUGACAAACUUGCUGAGCAUUCUACUGUCAAACAAGAAUAUUCUCAUAAGUCAGCAAACAAACACCAUGGACAAG